UCUAAGUAAUUCACGGCCGCCGUGCUCAUCAUCUGACAACUGUCAAAUGGCAACUCGUACACUUGUACGAUUAUCAUUACGUUCGCGCGGUUGAGAAAUGGCAGCGGAAAUAAAACCCGCCCCGGGAGUGAAUCAUGAUAAAUUCAGCAGCAGCCGCAAGCCGGUUCUCCUGUCAAAAUUGGAGGGCUGUAGCGACGAUGUUAACGCGGCUAUCAUUAUCCCACGGGAAGAGGGUGUAAUCAGUGUUUGCGAUGACAGGACAGUCAGAGUAUGGCUGAAGCGGGAUUCUGGUCAAUAUUGGCCAAGCAUUUGUCAAUACAUGCCAGCAGGUGCUACCUCUAUGCAUUAUUGCGUAGAAACGAGGCAAUUGUUUGUUGGUCUGGAUAAUGGAAGCAUCAACGAAUUUAUCUUGGAGCAAGACUUCAAUAGAAUGACAGCUAUGCGCGAUUAUAUAGCACAUCAAGCCAGAGUCACAGGAAUCAUUUUUGCAGCAGAUUUUGAAUGGCUCUUGAGUAUAGGUCGCGAUAAAUUAUUUCAAUUACACAGUUCUGAGACAGGAAUGAAAUUGGGAUCAUAUCAAACAGACGCGUGGUAUACCGCUCUACAAUUUGACGCCCAAUCCAAACAUGCUUUUGUGGGAGAUUAUUCCGGUCAGAUAGCUAUGUUAAAGCUGGACAAUAGUGGCGUCACCUUCAUCACUACGUUAAAGGCACACACUGGAAGUAUCCACACGUUGGCAUGGGAUUCGGAGAAACAAUUGUUAUUUUCCGGAAGUUUCGAUCAAAGCAUCAUCGUUUGGGACAUUGGAGGUCGCCAAGGCACUGCUUACGAGCUUCAAGGACACCAUAACAAAGUAACGGCGUUAUGUUACGCGAGCGUCGAACGCAUGCUCUUGUCCGGAGGUGAGGACGGCGUAAUCGUCUGUUGGAAUAUGGCGACAAAUAGAAAGGAAACAGCGGCUUGGGUCGAAUCCGACAUCUGUCAGGCUUGUGGAAGACCCUUCUUCUGGAAUAUAAAAGCUAUGAUGGAUCAACGACAGUUGGGAUUGAGACAACAUCACUGUCGCUAUUGCGGUCGCGCAUUAUGCGCUCGCUGCACAUCGCAACGGAUACCGAUACCGGCGAUGGGUUUCGAAUUCGAAGUGAGAGUCUGCGAUCAAUGUCACAUACAACUCAAAUCGGAAAACCAAUCGUCACUGGCCUCUUUCCACGAUGCCAAGCAUAGUGUCAUCGGAAUGGAUUUGGAUGCUCCUAGACGAAGAUUGUUGACUAUCGGCCAAGAUCGCGUUAUUAAAAUUUGGGAUGUAUCCGCGCUCUUUCAGUGAAUUUUUAUCUACAUGCAUGUAUGUAUGUAUGUAUGUAUGUACGUAUGUAUGCAUGUACGUAUGUAUGUAUGUAUGUAUGUAUGUAUGUCGAUAAUCCAAAUUGAUGUAAAUCAAAUUACAGAGGUAUCGUCAUACUCGGAAGAAUAUUCCGAAACCUAUUUUUGUGAUUAUGCUUGUCGAUGAUCGUAAUUACGUAACUCGAGUUGGAUCGACGAGUCGAUAAAAUACGGAGAUCGCUUAUUAUUCGUUUAUCAGUUUAUUGGUGAUAACGUUAGAGAAUCUGCUUAAUCCAUAUUCAUUUUUUUCUGCAUUAGAUAUCACUGAAUAAUCAGACAGACGACGAGUACAGUGCAAACACAUUAGUUCAAUGACAUUGUCUCCAACCAUGUUGCAUCGAUAGAAUUACUUCCAAAAAAAUAUUUGUGCGACUGCACAAUGUAAACAGCAGAUGUGUAUGUGUGUGUGUGUGCGUGCGUGCGUGCGUGCGUGUGUAUGCAUGCGUGCGAAAGAUAUAUGGACUUUUGUCAAGUUUGAAAGAUCAGAGUGACGAUAGUUACAAGAUAUAAUUAAAAGUAUUGAAAUAUCUUUCGGAUUAAAGUCAAAUUUGUUUAUUGAUACAUUUACAUAUAAAUCGAAGAUAGUUUUGAGAUGGAAUCUUUUUGUUGAAUAUUUGAAUAAAAUUCUAGAUGCAAUCUCCGAUUUUAUUUCUGAAAUUUGCAAGAUUACUCAUAUGUUGUACAUAUAAUCGAAUCGAGGGGCCCAUAUCGGAAAUUGCCAUAUUGCAAUUUUAUAUACUGCAAUUGUUCGUAUUAUAUAUUUUAUCAAAGUUUUUAAAAUAUUAUAUCUUUAUGUUGUUUAAAUAUAAUUUUCGAUUGAAAAGCAAUCAAGAAAGUAGUUGGCAAUCAAUGGCAUCGACUAUAUUUUAACGCAUUUUAUCUAUAAUAAUAUAGAAAUAGAACAAAGGGGGAAACAUUUUGAGAAUUUUCUAUUCGUUUUGUACAUUACUUCCAAUAUUAUUAAAUUAGUAAUUUGAAUAUAUAAACCUUCUAGCUAUACUAUCUUUAAAUCCAUUCAAAUAAGUAGCGAUAUGUGUAUCUUGUACCAAGUCCUAGUCCUAUUUGUUAUAUAACUCGUAUAGGAUUGUUUAAUAUUAUUGUAUUGUCUUGUGAGAGAAGGCGAACCAGUCAAGAAAGCAGUCAUCGUUAAUAAUGCUGGUUAUUUUCUUGACUAUACAAGUCUUCUCGAGUACAAUAAAUAGGUACAAGCUAUGCAAAGAUAAUUUGUCCCAAACUUGACAGUUUCUUAUUUAACAGUUUCUCUAUUGUGAUAAAAUUAUACAUAAUUUACUUGCUCGAGAUGCAAAGAUACAGCAAACAAAUAUGCGAAACAAUGAAAGAGAGACAAUGUUAUUUUUACUAUAUGUAGAUAUUUUCGCGCGUCGUGUAUCUCGCUGGCUGAUAAAAAUUUGCAACAAUGUGAAAUGGUCAAGACAUUGACAUGACGGUAUAGGGAUGAUGAGCUUCCAUCGAAUUUUAUGUGCUGAAAUAUUCGUUGAUAGAGAUAAGCAAGAUAUUGUAACGCGAAGAGAUAUACAAUACAGAAUAACGAAAAGUUUAGUUUCACGCCACGAAAAUACACGCGAUUAAUUGCGCGGCUUUAAUCGAUUCACUCUCGCGCGCUAAAUGUAUGUACGGUACAUAAAAAUGCAUAUCUUGUAUCUGAACAUACGUAUGUAUAAUUAUUUCAUUGCAAUCGGUUAUGAUUUCUCCAGCAAAUUUUGCAAGACAAUUUUGCAAGAGAGACGAUUGCUAUUAAAGGAAUUAUCCUUGUUAUCAAAAUAUAUCCAGAUUUAUUGGCAGGAUAAAUGGGAUAAAUUCUUGCAUUUUGAAUAGCCAGAUGUGCGAAUACACUUGGCACGCGACCCAAAUAAACUAUCCACUUUGAAUACAAGUGUAGCGUACAUUUGUAAACUCGAUUAGAGAAUUCUAUACGCAAGUAUUAUCACAUUUUUGUAUGUUUUGCUAAAAAGUAUGUAUAUUACCUAAAUAAUAUAUGGACGUGCUUCUUAUUAUAAA